AUGUCCAAAGAGGCAACAUCAGCUGGCGGCGGCCGUGAACGCGAGGGCGGCAACGUCCCACAGGCGAGCAUGGUGUCGAACGAAGAAUUAGCAAAUAUUGACACCCUCACCAACGCCCAGUUGCGAACCCGCGCAACUCAACUCCAGCGCGAGAUUCAGCAGCUAAAGAACGAGGAGCGUUCGAGGAUGAACGAGCUGCAGCGGAUCAAGAAGGAGGUGGCGGAGGACAAGAAACGGGUGAAGGACAACAACAAGCUGCCGUACCUAGUAGCCAGCAUCUCGGAGAUCCUGGACCUGGACGACGACGAGGACGAGGUGGAGGAGCUGGACGUGGGCAGAAAGAAGUCGAAGCGAAAGCAAAAGAGUGCCAUUGUGAAGACGUCAAACCGGCAUACCGUUUUUCUCCCUGUGGUGGGGCUGGUGGAUGCGAACAAACUUGGGCCACAAGACCUGGUGGGGGUUAACAAAGACACCUACCUUGUCCUGGACACACUGCCGCCCGAGUAUGACAGUCGUGUGAAGGCGAUGGAGAUUGAGGAGAAGCCCAAGGAAAAGUACACGGAUGUGGGUGGCCUUGACAAGCAAAUUAAUGAGAUGAUCGAGGCCGUCGUAUUGCCCAUCACUGAAAAGGAAAGGUUUGAACGUAUUGGCAUUAAGCCACCGAAAGGCGUGCUACUCUACGGUUCACCGGGUACAGGAAAGACGAUGCUGGCCCGUGCGUGUGCAGCCGCCACAGAUGCAUGUUUUCUGCGACUUGCAGGGCCUCAGUUGGUGCAGAUGUACAUUGGCGAGGGGGCCCGUAUCUUGCGUGAUGCCUUUGCCCUUGCCAAGAAGAAGGCUCCAACUAUCAUCUUCAUUGACGAGCUGGACGCCAUUGGGUCACGUCGCUCCGACGAGGGCGGCAAGCAUGGCUCCAGGGAGGUGCAGCGAACCAUGCUGGAGCUUCUCUCACAGCUUGAUGGCUUCGGCAGUACCGAUGACGUGAAGGUAAUCGCUGCCACAAAUCGCGUUGAUGUGCUCGAUCCCGCCCUGCUGCGUAGUGGACGACUGGAUCGGAAGGUAGAGUUUACGCUUCCAGAUGAGGAGGCGCGGGCGCGAAUCCUUGAAAUUCACUCCCGCCGCAUGGCUCUUCACGGGGAUGUCAACUUUGAGGAAAUUGCCCGCAUGACGGAGGAUAUGAAUGGGGCGCAGUUGAAGGCGGUGUGCGUGGAGGCGGGUAUGCUGGCGCUGCGCAACGACCGCGUGUACGUGGCACACGAGGAUUUUGCAGAGGGUGUCACGGCGGUUCAGGCGCGCAAAAAGUCAAGCCUGAACUAUUACGCAUGA